AGUGAGAGGCUCAAAAUACAUCACCAUGCAAAGCCAUGGAUGCUGAGUUGGAACCUUUAGUUCAUGGGGUCAGAAUGGAGAACUUGGACCCAGGACCAAGCAGAGCUAAAAGCUUUGGUCGGGGUGCUUUGAUCUUGGUGAGUUUGUCCCUUUUCAUUGCUCUGGGUGCUUGGAUCGAUCAAUCACAUGGCGUCCCGACCGAGCAGAUUGAGCACGCCGAGAGCGACAACGACCAGAUCAAAGGCAAUUCCCCCUAUCAGCUCAAGUAUGUGAUUGGUCAAUCACAUCGACCAGCACCCUUGGGCACCUGCAUUGCCACACUGAUGAGAAGACCAACAUGUCGACGACCCAUGGUGCUUUUCAUGAUGGCGUUGCUUCUAGUGUUGACGUGUGUUUGCUGUUGCGAGGUGUAUUCCUGCUGCGCUUGCUGUGGUGGCCAUCGAAGAAAAUCCGCGAUCCCAGAAGAAGAACAGUUGAGAAGCGGAAAAGAGGAGUUGGAAGAACUGCUGAAGAAGAAGAGCAUCAACUUUGUUGCAGACCAAUGGAGUGAUGCAGCUCCCAAGGCUGAAAUCGAAGAAAAGAUCCAACGAAGCUGGGACGUGUCCUACAUUGCCGAAAACUUUGAGCUUAUCGAGGAGGUGGUCCGCAUUAUGAAGGAGUAUCCCGGCCUCAAACUACAUGUCAAAGGCUGCACGACGAGCAAAAUGGCCGAAAAGGACUUGUACAUUGUCAGGUCGGCCUUUGGCAAGGAUUUCAGUGAGGACUUUCCUUGGGCAGUCAUGGACUUGGAGAUGGCUUAUGCCCAAGGGCGGGUGCUAAGUCUGAAACGAAUCCUGGGAGAUCUGGGCAUAUCGCACAAACGCAUACGAACCAGCUACGAGCUCACGAAAGAGCGCAAGAUCGUCUUAGAGUUAGAAGUGCAAGAGGUUUAGGUGAUCCAAGUAGCUUCGCAGCCUUCUGGCAUCGAAAUUGAAUGAGCCAACUGACUUUGUCUCACCCUCAGCACCUUAGUGAUUGUGAAAAAGUUGAGUUGCGACAUGUUGCGAC